GGAUAAGGGUCGCUGCGGGGCGGGCUGGAGCGGGUGGGGAGGACGCUCCUCCUCCGGCCGCCGUCAGGCCUGAACCUACGGUCCCCGGGACCGCCACCUAUCCGACACCGCGAGGCCCCGGUCCCAGGGCCGGUCGGGGUGCAAACAGCACAGAGUGGGCAAUGCUUAACUCCAAGUGCUGCCAGAUGGGUGGAUUCCUUCCUGGCCACUGCGGGGAGCUUCCAAGCGCCUCCCGUUAGGUCAAAAAGUCCGGCUUGGGGACCCAGGGCCUGAAGCCCUCGGGGCCGUCUCCCGGAAUAGGGAAAGACGAAUGCGUGAAGCAGCCAGAGCAGGGGCCCAGGGAGGUCGGGAGGCGGAAAUCAGUUUGCUAUUCGGGAGAUGGCGCCCACACCCCGCUGCCCCGGGAAGGAAACUAAGGCCGGAGGGGAGCACUGGUCCUAAACCACCUGGCAGACGGGAGGGCGUCCGGCGGGAUGUCUGUCCAAGGCAGAUGAGCGCAGGGAGCUCUUCACCCCAGGCUGAAGGCGCCCCUCCCCCAACCAGGUGCAAGUUCUUCAGCCUGACAGAGACCCCCGAGGAUUACACGCUCAUGGUGGACGAGGAGGGCUUCAAAGAGCUGCCCCCAUCCGAGUACCUGCAAGUGGCUGAGGCCACAUGGCUGGUGCUGAACGUCUCAUCCCACAGCGGUGCAGCCACAGCAGUGCAGGCCGCCGGGGUUACCAAGAUCGCCCGCUCAGUCAUCACGCCGCUGGCUGAGCACCACGUGUCGGUGCUGAUGCUGUCCACUUACCAGACGGACUUCAUCCUGGUGCGGGAGCAGGACUUGUCUGUGGUGAUCCACACGCUGGCCCAGGAGUUUGACAUUUACCGCGAGGUGGGCGGGGAGCCUGUGCCCGUUGCCAGGGAUGAGUCCAGCAAUGGCUUUCCCCGUGCCCAGCAUGCAGGGCCCAGCCCAACGGUGCAUCCUGUCCAGAGCCCUCAGAAUCGCUUCUGUGUCCUCACCUUGGAUCCCGAGACGCUGCCAGCCAUUGCCACCACACUCAUAGACGUCCUCUUCUACUCACACAGUGCCCCCAAGGAGGCGGCCUCUGGGAGUCCUGAACCCAGCUCCAUCCCAUUCUUUGCCUUCUCCCUCAUUGAGGGCUACAUCUCCAUUGUCAUGGAUGCUGAGACACAGAAAAAGUUCCCCAGUGACCUGCUGCUGACCAGCUCCUCGGGGGAGCUGUGGAGGAUGGUGCGCAUCGGCGGACAGCCGCUGGGCUUCGACGAGUGUGGGAUUGUGGCCCAGAUCGCAGGUCCCCUGGCUGCAGCUGACAUCUCUGCCUAUUACAUCAGCACCUUCAACUUUGACCAUGCUCUGGUGAGCACAGUGGACUGGGGUACCUGAAGAUGGUAUUGGCAAUGUCAUCGAGGUGCUCCAGCGGCGGCAGGAGGCCCUGGGCUCCUGAGCUCCACGGGGGACAUGCUUGCCACUUGCCCCCAGGCCUCUGGGGACUUCUCUAAGCUAUUUCCUCAAGCUCUGGGACGAUACCCCAUUCCUGCUGGGGAACCCCUCGUUCCACUCUGUAUAUGUAAGCUGCUUAUGGGCACCAGCUCUCAUGUGAACACGUGUGUACACACACACAUGGAGUGGGCAGGCGCUGGCUUGACUGCGUGUUUGCCCAUGCAGGGAAACACGGUGCUCGGGGGUUCCCCCCAGAAGCCCCCAACCCAUCACUCUCUGCACGGCCUCAGUGUUUGCACAGUUCCUGCUUGAGGCCCGAGCCACCUCCCUCAGCCCCCUGGGUCGCUGUGCCUCUGGACAGGGCCCCUGAUCUCCGUUCUGCCUCUGGCUGGGUGGCCUUGCCUACCAGGCAAAUUCUGACAGUGCCACCCUCCCAGGGCCUCUAAGAGAAGUAUUUUUGCAUCUCUCUCUUUCUUUUUUUAUCAACUUGUUAAUAAAAGACUUUGUAGUGA